GCCGGCAUAUUAGUUUAAAGGCUUCCAAUCAGCCAAUUUCUUAAGCGUCAGCGACGCACUAAUACAAAAAGAAGUGGGGGGCGUCAGCGGCAGGAGAACUGUGGCUGUUAAAAGAGCGCACUCUCCAGCUCUUCCCCCAAUCCCGUGCUCUACUUCGAUCUCGGCGGAGCGCACUUUCCAGGAGAAACGAGACGUCGCGAUCGGAUGACUUUCGCAAUCGCAUUCCUCUCGCUCUCCGCUCCGGCCCUAUCCUCCUCUACCGCCCCCCUCCUCCAUCUCCAUCCUCGAUCCCUUCGCCUUCAGAUCGCGCCGCUCGUUGAUCGCUCCUUCGGCUCCGUCAGCGGAUUCCCACGGAAGAUUCGCUUGAACUAUCCUCGGUCUUCCAAUUCACCUGAUAUAUUAGGAUCUUCCUCCCCGAUCUCUGAUCAAGAUGACUCACUCCCGAUGCCGAUAGUUCAUAUAGAUCAAGAUUCAGAUGCUUAUGCCACUACUGUGCAACUUAGUUUUGGGGACCGUUUAGGAGCACUAGUUGACACGAUGCGGUCUCUUAAGGAUUUGGGACUUGAUGUGACAAAGGGAACUGUAACAACUGAGGAUUCUGUUGUGAAGACCAAAUUUCUCAUAAUGCGGGAUGGGCGGAAGGUUGAGGAUCCAGCUAUGCUAGAAAAGAUUCGUCUUUCUAUCAUCAACAACCUUUUGAAGUACCAUCCAGAAUCGAGUGAAAAUCUGGCAAUGGGUGAAGUUUUUGGUAUCAAAGCCCCGGAUAAGAAGCUGGAUGUCGAUGUUGCAACAGAAAUAUUUCUCCAAGAUGAUGGACCAAAACGAAGUUUGCUAUAUAUUGAGACUGCUGAUCGACCUGGGCUCCUGCUGGAGAUCGUCAAGAUAAUAACAGAUAUCAAUGUGGAUGUGGAAUCAGCAGAGAUUGAUACUGAGGGUUUGGUAGCGAAGGAUAAAUUUCAUGUAAGCUACAGAGGUGCUGCAUUGAACAAUUCAUUGUCACAGGUGCUGACCAACUGUUUGCGGUACUACCUCCGGAGACCUGAAACAGAGGAAGAGAGCUAUUGAUAAUCGAUUCCUGGACAUCGGGCAUUGUGGCACUGAGGAUCAUACAAAUAUCAUUUGGUUGAACUGAUUUAGCAUUUCCUGCAAUUAAACUGAGUUGACUGAUUUUCCUGCGCCUGAAACUUUCUAUUGGUGUCGAACUCUUGGAAUGUUGUUUGGCUACUAAUUUCAACGAUGGAGCUCGACGUUGCAAAAUUCUAGACCAAAAGCUAAUAUAAAAGCCAGUGUGUUUUAGUUUGUAAAA